UCAUCCUCACGUUUAGUAGAGAAACUUUUCAACUAAACAAAAACUAGACGAAUAUCAAAUAUCAAAGUGAAAAGUCAUUUAGGAUUGAACGUCAGGACAAAACAUCUAAAACGCUGAAGUUUCUCCACAUGCAGGAAACUGUGACGCUGAAGGGAAGAGAGGAAGACGAGGCGGAUGCAGAGAGUUGAAGCCGAGAGUAACACAUGCCCAGAAGCAGCAUAUGGAAAUCAGAACAGCAUACCUUAACAUCAAGAUGCCUAAAGUACUGUUGUGUCGGUCUGCAGUGAAUCUUUGGAUAGGGUACAGUCUGUGAAGGAUCUUCAUGUUUUGUUAUUCACGGCCCGGGAAAAGAGGACACAAUUUGAGAUUUAAAGAAGUCUUCGACAGCCUCCAUCUCAUCACUCAGCUUGUGGGACACAGCACAUGUUGUCUAUGCGAGCCAAGCAUGUGUGUGAGGUGGGAUUUUCAGUGGCUCUGCACUGCAGGUGGGCAUAUUUACCUGAAACAUAACAGCUGGAUAAGCAGCUCCAUCAAAGGUCUCCGCAUACCCUCUCUGCUCUCCUCUCAACGUGCUGUUUAACCAGCCUUGCCAUUGCCUGCAAAUUAAAGCACCAUGGACAGCAGCCUUCAGUUUCGUGUUGGCGCACAAACGGAAUUAUCAGUGAACGUUCGUGCCGAUGGGGUUUGAGGACAUGAACAUGAGGAACGGAAGGGCUUUGUCCGAUCAGUGGGCUGACAGCGUGGUGGUCCGACCCCGGACUACCGAACAGCACAUCACUUUGCACAAGAGACUUUUGCUGGGCUUCGCCAUCUCCAUCCUCACCCUCAUCAUCGUCACGGUCAUCGCCAUCACGCUCAGCGUCAGCUUCGAGAGAUGCGCCACGGAGAGCAGCGGGACUCUGGCCGGUAACGGCUCCAGUAACAAGUCCAGGCAGUCCCGGGACAGAAGCAUCAGUCAAAGAGAAUCAGAGGAUGGCCAACAGCCCUGGAGACACCUGCGCUUACCGGCCACCCUGCGCCCUCGCCACUACGACCUCAGACUGUCCGUGUACAUGGAUAAUUUCACGUUCUCCGGUGAAGUGAACAUUGAGUUUGAAUGCGUGAACUCCACUAAGUUCAUCGUGUUGCACACAGACAGACUGGAGGUGAAUAAAGUGCAGGUGUAUUCAGACAGUAAGAAAACAGGCGUCGUGAGGAUCCACCGACGCUUUUACCACCAACCCAACCAGGUGUAUGUGAUCGCGCUCCACAGAGAGAUGAAGCCCCUCAGAACAUAUAAGAUCAACAUCACGUUUGAAGCGCAGAUUGAAAAUGAACUCUUGGGAUUUUUUCGCAGUUCAUACAUGCUGUAUGGAGAAAGAAGGUAUCUGGCUGUGACGCAGUUCUCUCCCACUCAUGCCAGAAAGGCCUUCCCGUGUUUCGACGAGCCCAUUUAUAAAGCCACAUUCAGAGUGAGUUUGAGACACGAGAGCUCGUAUCAGUCGCUGUCCAACAUGCCAGUGGAGGCGUCUACAUCUGAUGAGGACGGAUGGGUGACCAACCAUUUCUCCAGGACGCCCCGUAUGUCCACAUACUACCUGGCCUGGGCGGUGUGCAACUUCACCUACAGAGAAGCCGUGACAGAUAAUGGAGUUGUGAUUCGACUGUACGCCAGACCCGACGCCAUCCAGAGCGGAUCGGGAGACUACGCUCUGCACAUCACCAAGAGACUCCUGCAGUUCUACCAGGAUUACUUCAAAGUCAAAUAUUCCCUCCCUAAACUAGAUCUGCUUGCAGUUCCCAAGCAUCCGUAUGCAGCCAUGGAGAACUGGGGUCUGAGUGUGUUUGUGGAGCAGAAGAUCUUGUUGGAUCCUGACGUCUCUUCCUACUCCUAUCAGAUGGAGCUCACCAUGGUGGUGGUGCACGAGAUCUGCCAUCAGUGGUUUGGAGAUCUGGUCACACCUGUUUGGUGGGAGGACGUUUGGCUUAAGGAGGGAUUUGCUCAUUUCUUUGAGUACAUCGGGACAGAUUUCCUUUUUCCCAAGUGGAACAUGGAGAAACAGAGAUUUCUGACUGAUGUUCUACAUGAGGUGAUGUUAUUGGACGGAUUGGCUCAUUCUCAUCCAAUCUCUCAACAAGUGUUUAAAGCCACAGACAUCGACAGAGUAUUUGACUGGAUUGCAUAUAAGAAGGGCGCCGCUUUGAUCCGUAUGCUGGCUAAUGUCAUGGGACAGCAGGCGUUUCAGAGAGGACUCAAUGAUUACUUGGUGACGUACAUGUACAGAAAUGCAGCGAGAGAUGACUUGUGGAACAAAUUCUCAGCGGCCAUGCAGAGGGAGGGGAAGGACAUCAACAUCACAGAGGUCAUGCACCGUUGGACCCUGCAGAUGGGUUACCCUGUCGUCACCAUCAGCAAGAACGACAGUCUUGACAACACUGUCACCAUCUCCCAGGAGCACUUUGUGUAUGACACAGAUGCAAAGAUCCAGAAUCCCGAGCUGUUCAAUAAAAGCUUUCAGUGGCAUCCCCUGACGCUCACAUCGGGAAACUCCAGUCACAUAUCAACAGAAAACACUAUUUGGGUCUCUAAUCGAACAGAGAUGCACAGAGUUGGGCACAUGGAUGGAGAGACGUGGUUACUGGGUAACAUCAAUCAAACAGGAUACUUCAGAGUGAAUUAUGACCUGCACAACUGGAGACUUCUCAUACAACAACUCAUGACCAACCCAACGAUCAUCUCCGUGGGCAACAGAGCAGGUCUGAUAGAUGAUGUCUUUAACCUGGCAAGGGCGGGCUAUCUGCCUCAAAACAUCCCUCUUCAGAUCAUCUCAUAUUUGUCUCAGGAGAGCGAGUUUCUGCCCUGGCACGCUGCAAGUCGAGCUCUUUACCAGCUGGACAAACUACUGGACCGAACCGAAGAUUACAGCCUCUUUAGUGAUUAUGUGCUGAAACAGGUGUCACCAAAGUACCACAAGAUGGGCUGGCCGACCACUUUCUCCGACGGCUCCUUCACGCAGGCUGCUUAUCAGAACCAAGAGUUACAGAGAGAGGUGAUCAUGCUGGCGUGUAGCUUUGGAAACAAACACUGUCACCGUCAAGCCGUGUCUCUCAUUUCAGACUGGAUUUCCAGCAACAAGAACAGGAUUCCACCUAACGUGCGGGACAUCGUGUACUGCACAGGCGUGUCUCUGAUGGACGAAGACGUGUGGGAGUUCAUCUGGAUGAAGUUUCACUCCACCACCGCCGUCUCUGAGAAGAAGAUUCUUCUGGAGGCCUUGACCUGCAGCGACAACAUCUACCUGCUCAACAGGCUUCUGAAUCUGUCUCUGUCCUCUGACAUGGUGCCGGAUCAGGACGUGAUCGAUGUCAUCAUACACGUGGCUCGCAAUCCACUCGGAAGACAUUUAGCAUGGAGAUAUUUCAGAGAGAAGUGGGACAUAUUGAAUUCCAGGUACGGGGAAGCUUUAUUUAUGAACUCAAAAUUAAUAAGCGGUGUGACAGAGUUUCUCAACACAGAGACCGAGUUGAAUGAGCUGAAAGAGUUUAUACUGACCUGUGGGGGAGCGGCGGCACCUGCGUUCGCUCGCGCCUUGGAGAUCAUUCAAGCUAACAUUAAAUGGCUCACGCUCUUCGAGCAUCAGUUCUACCAAUGGCUGCGCAAAGCUCCCGAUGGAUAACAUAGCGUUAAGCAUCGAACACUUCAGUAAUGUGGAAGCUCUAUCAGACAUUUUCAGGCCAGUGACUUUGGAAGACUUGAACGUUAUUAAGAAUAAAACUUACAUUUUGGGACCAUCUGUGGAAGUGAGCUUUUAUUUCAAUGCUGUUUUUAAAGCAGACAGGCCCUGGCCGAGACCAAGAUGAAAGGAUUAAAAUGCAAAAGGUCAUCUGUCCAAAAGAGGAUAUGCGCUUGAAACGGGUGUGUUGAUAAAAAAAUCUUAUUUUCACAUUUGAGUUCUUUAUGCUUUGCCAUGUAUAUUAACAAUUAGGUUGAAUCACAUUGCAUUGUUGUCUUAAAGGGACAUUGCCAGAACAAAAAUUGUCGACCCCAAGUCAGUGUUUUCCUUUUCUUUUUUUAAUUUUUUUAGUGUUAACUAUGACACAACGCCCUGCUGCAAGAAUGACCCUGGCAACUUUCUGACAAGAUCUGCUCACAACAGGUCAUGGUCACACUGAAGAAAUCUGAUUGUCCUGCUAUCUGGUCCAAAUGUUUUCCUCAGCAAAAGCAAAAUCACAAAUCAACUGCCAAUUGGUAUCCAUGAUAAUAUAUAGAUGUUUUUCUUAUUAAAUCAGACCAUGCACAUAUUCAUAAGUAAUAGCACGUAUACUUUUUCCAGGAAGUUACACAUAUUCAUAUUUAUAAAUUGCAUACUAAUUCAGCCCGUUACAAAUAUUUAUGUUUGCAUGGGACUGCCGUUAUAGCUUCAUGCUGAUUUGAUGACUAAAUGGGACCUUUAUAUAUAGUAUACGUGUCAUUUAUCAUCAUAAAUUCACAUAAAAUGAAGAGAGGAGUUGUGACAAAACAUUCAGUAGGAGUGAGAUCCAUGAAUUUUAUCAAGUUGUUUUGGGUCGGCUAGUGUGACCUCGACCUAUGUACAGUAACACAACCACCUCAAUUGGCACCAUCUCAAAGCCCUGCUGACCAUAACACUCCUGUCGCUGUUUUGAGAAGAAAGAAAACUUUAUUUUCCUGAUAAGUGCUUUGCUUUGCUUGCACAGUUACACAGUUAUUUUUCUUGAUGCUUAUAUUUUGUACAAUAAAAAAGAAGGGCUUACCUACCAAGAUCAGACAGUUAAAUAAAGAUGACUGGAGGUAAAGUGUGAAUCCAGAACAGGUACUUGUCAUUUCUGCUGAACAGGCAUUAGAGAAGCAAAAAUAGUUGUCAUUUCUACACCAAUUUGUCUGAUUAAUGUUCAAAGCCAAUUGAAGAAUUCUUAAACGUGCCUAUAUAUCUGUUUUCUAUUGUCAAUAGUAGAUUGAGUGAAAGGCAGUCUGUAAGAAAAUAACUCUUUAAGCCAUACUUCAAAGCAGUAAUUUUUAUCGGUUUGCUUUGCACAUUUCUUCUUGUAGAUUUAUGAUUUCAGGUUACAAAAAUGUGCGUGAAAAAAACAAAUGAGCCAAAAAUAACUGUGCAACCAGUGCCUUUUCUACCUUAAUCAAUCUCAUACUAGAACG